AUGAUAGGUGACUUAUAAAUCCAAAAUUAACGUUCGGUAAAUUCUCUCAUGAUAUACAACAUAUUUCAAAAUAUUUAUCAAAUAGUUUAUUAAUAAAAUAUAUAAGGUAGUACCUAAUCUUUAAAUGAUCUUUUCAAAAAUAUUUAUUUUCUUUUUUGACUGGUCCAAAAUGAACUGACCCCGAAUGACGAAGUACGUUUGUACGUGACGCAACGCCUUCAAACAUGGUCGACAAAGAAAACACAACUAUGGGAGUCGAUAAAGAAAAUAGUAAGCCCUUUGUUAGAGACGUUACGUCUCCGCAUGACAGCGAAACCCAAAGAACAGACAACCAGAACAACUCUGACCGCAAGAAAGACCCCGCGGAAAGCCGCGCCACAGCGGAGUACUGCGAGAAGCUGCAGGCAUGGAUGUGGCAGUACUACACUGGAUAUGUGAACUGGCAGAGCUGGCUGGCGGCGUCAGCCAUGUCCUGUCCGUAUUAUUUCCCGUCGUCCGGCAGUGGAGCGUCGACGGCGGUGGAUUUCAGCCCCCAGAGCUGGCACAGCAGCCUGCUCGGUCUGCCGUUAUCGCCCUACCCGCACGCCGCCACUUCCUCGAGCAGCCGCGCAGGUGAAGGCGUUGCCGGGGCUGCAGUUCCCGCACAGCCGCAGCAGCAGCAGACGCCGCAGGACAACCGGAAUGCCCAAAGAGCAGGCCGGGAGUACAUCAUUCCUUCACCUCUCCAAAGACUAAUGGCUGAGAUGGUGGAUUUCUUCAUACUGUUUUUCAUUAAAGCCACCAUAAUCAUCAGUAUUAUGCAUCUUAGUGGAAUCAAAGAUGUAUCAAAGUUUGCCAUGCAUUUCAUAGUAGAGGAAAUCGACGAGGACACAUCCAUGGAGGAGCUGCAGAAAAUGAUGCUUGUUGCCCUUGUUUACAGGAUACUAGUUUGUUUUUAUGAGAUCGUGUGCAUUUGGGGAGCAGGAGGAGCCACACCGGGGAAGUUUCUCAUCGGACUUAGGGUCGUAACGUGCGAUUCUUCUAUUAUGGUUCAGCCCAACAGAGUGCUGGUGGUCCCAGCAACUAACGUCUCUCUUUCUGCAUCAACAGUCCGAGCCUUGAAUAAAAACUUCUCCAUCGCUUUCUUUUUCCCCGCCUUCAUCACGCUCCUCUUCUUCCAGCACAACAGGACUGUGUACGACAUGGUUGCCGGUACGAUUGUCGUCAAGCGAUCCCGGCUCAGAUGAUGCCAAAACAGAACCAUUUUUGCAACAUGAAAACAACCACAGAACUCAAACGCUGCUGUGCGCAGCUUCUUCUAGAAUGCAGUGAAGUUGAGGCGUCCCCUUAAACCUGAAUCACAUCAAUGUGGUUCUUUUUCCAGCUUAUUCCCGACACUCACUGUAAUUCUGCAUGGAGGUCUACAUGCUGCUUUCAGUAUCUGCUUAAAGCACAGUAGGAAUGGUGGUAAAUGCACUUUUUUAUUAUCAACACAUGCUUUGCCUUUUCUUUUUAAAUUAAUAUUAUUACUGACUUCUAGUUCAAAGGUGAAUAUCAUGGAUCACACAGUGUUUAAAUGACUCAUUACCCUCAGUAUAUAUUUGUAUUAUAAUCUGUUUCUAAAAACCCUUUAAUGACUGUUUGUAAGAAAAGAAUGUAAGGAAAAAUGGAUGAACAAUUAGGGUAAACGAUUUUGGUUAAAACUGAUACACAUUUGUGUUUAACGAGUAUGAAGCAUGCAUAAAGCUCUUCAGCGCCAUCUAUUUAUUUUACCUCAUCUGGGAAGCACAUGGAAUCUGAAAUGAAUGGUUUGGAAUGCAAGAAGCAGUUAAAAAAUUAAGUAUUUAUGGCAUUCUAACAGAUUUAGAUGUGCCAUGUGAGCUGUACCCUCAGUGGUUUUCUAACAGGCCGCUUGGUCCAUCUCUACAUGACUUUAAUUGUACUGUUUUUGCGUUUACUUUAUAUUUCAUUAAAAGCUGCUCAGGAUUGGUUUUCUCUCA